CAUAUUCCCCGCAAUUAGCCGCUGUCCAGUCAGGUGUCUGGCAAUGAGUUCUUGAAAGGAGGCUUCAUGGAGGGGUUCACGGCUUGUUUUGGUUUGGGGUUGUAGGCGUUUUCUUUCCUCAAGUUCGCAUUAAGGCCGAGAAAUAGAAGGAUUUCAGGACGAUGGUUAAUGAAUCUGAGGUUAAUCAAGGUACACCUGAAAUUGUUCAUUCAAAUCAACUGCUCAAGGGAUUGAAUCAACUUCGGCAACGACGUGAACUGUGUGAUGUCGAACUGUGUGCCGGAAAAAACAGAGUUUCAGCUCAUCGUGUUGUCCUGUCAGCCUGCAGUCCUUACUUUAAUGCUAUGUUCACAGGAAAGCUUCUUGAGAGCCAGAAACAAGUCAUCUAUUUGAAAGAUGUCGACGAAAGUGCCCUCCAUAUUCUGGUCGAUUUUGCUUACACCGGAAAAGCUCAAGUUACACACGAAAACGUCCAAGUUUUGCUGCCAGCUGCCAACAUGCUGCAGUUAAACAGGGUCAAGGAGAUAUGCUGUCUCUUUCUAAGCCAACAGCUUCAUCCUAGUAACUGUUUAGGAAUCAGUAAGUUUGCGGACGCGUACUCAUGUCAAAGUCUGCAGAAAAGGUCUAGGAAGUACAUUCAAGAUCACUUCCAAGAAGUUAUCCAGUACGAGGAAUAUCUCCUCUUGUCACCAUGUCAGCUAACAGACUUACUCCGCGACGAUAACCUAAACGUUGUUUCAGAACAAGUUGUGUUCGAAGCAGUUCUUUCUUGGAUUAAACACAAACUCCAGGAGAGAAUAUCGCUUCUUGGAAAACUACUUCAGAACGUCCGUUUACCCUUGUUGACAUCGCGUUUUCUUACACUGAGCUACGAGACAAAUGAACUUAUUCGGGCAGAUGGAGCAAGCCAAGUUUUGUUACAUGAUGCAUUGAAGUACAGACAUAUUAAAGGGAAGUGCCAUUCUUGCAGCACCACAGUCAUCCCUCGACGUGCGCCGAAGCGAAUCUUUGCCUUGGGAGGUAAAAAUGGCCUUUUUGCAACUUUGAGUAGUGUAGAAUAUUAUGAACCUGAGAGGGACAGAUGGAUCGAAGUGUCCAGCAUGAAUCUUAGAAGAUUCGAGUUUGGAGCAGCAGUAUUAGACGGUAAACUCUAUGCUGUGGGUGGCCUGGUCUGUGGUGUUGGUGUCCACAGUGGAGCACCUUUCAGAUAUUGUGACAAUGGAAGUGAGUGCUUUGAUCCUGAUACAGGGCAGUGGAGCAGAGUACCUCCUAUGAAUCACUGUCGCAGCAACCACACAGUGCAACCAUUAGGUGGGUACCUAUAUUCUCUUGGUGGUUACGAUGGUAACUCGUACCUUAACACAGUGGAAUGUUACAACAAUCGUACCAAACAGUGGAGUCAUGUGGCGCCAAUGCACUACAGUCGCAGUUGCUUUGCCACAGCAGCAUGUGAUGGAUAUCUUUAUGCUCUGGGAGGAUAUGGGCCAUCUUAUCUUCGAACUGUGGAAAGAUAUGAUCCUGCUUCAAAUUCAUGGGAAAUGAUGCCUGCAAUGAGCACUUACAGAAUCAAUUUUGGUGUUGGAGUUUUGAAUGGAUGUCUUUAUGUUGUUGGUGGUCACAAUGGAGUGUCCCAUUUACGAAGUGUGGAACGUUUUGAUCCAUUGUCAAGUGAAUGGACCAUGGUGGCUCCUAUGAGUCGACCACGAACAGGUCUUAGUGUUGCUGUAUUGAAUGGAUUUCUGUAUUCAGUUGGGGGACAUGAUGGAUCAGGCUACCUCAGCCUUGUUCAGUGCUAUGAUCCAAACACAAAUACAUGGCACAACGUGAAAAGCAUGUGUUCAAGUCGUUGUAGUUUUGGCAUAGCAACACUAUAAAUUUUUGUUACUAAUAAACUAAAUCAUACAGUUAGAACACUUGUUACUAAUGGAGAGGAAAUAAUUCUAGGAAAUUUCUAGCCUUAAAUAAUUCAGUUAUUUGCAAAAUGGUAAAUAUAUAAUUUUAUAAGCUUUAUUUUUUUUUCUGACGCUCUUGAAUUAAAACACUUAUUAGUAACCAAUUGCAAAUAUUGGAACUUUCUCAGCAACAAACUGAGGGUUACAAAUAUAAAAAUCUCAGCUUUUAUUCAUUUAAGGAAAGGGUUUCUCGGGUUAUUUGAAAAUAACACUUAAUUAAAAAAAUUAAAGGAUAUCAUUCAUAAACUAAAUUAAUGUAAUUAUAUACAUUGGAUGUGUAUCUAAGCCUGAAGCAGGCAGGCAGCCAGCCAUGUCAAUGAUUGAAACUCUCACCUAGACAAGUUUUAUCUUUCCUAUGGGUCUCAUUAUUAUUUCAUAAAAAUCCAUGAAUUAAGGAGAUUUGACUUUUUUUACAAAAACAAAGGCAGAGUAGUAGAAAUUAGAUUUAUCUACACAAUGUACCAUGCUCAGCAUACUGUACAUCAUUGAUCAGGCAUUAACACAUUUAACAGCUCAAAAUCUCAUUAAGUUAUUUUACUCUGGUUUGUGAAAAUAUGUCAAGUUUCUUUCUGAUUUUGGUGCUGCUAUUUUCCCUAGUUUUUAUUUUCAUGGAUGACACAACUUAUGAAACAAUAUCAACACAAUGUGCUAAUAAUAUUCUUAGUGGUAUAGGUUAAAAUUUUACUUUCAAGUAACACUGAUGUGAAGUUAACUUGAUGUAACAAAUUUUUGUAUCACUUCACACAACUUCUUAGGGAUUAAACUACCUCAUUUGGUUCAUCAUUACUGUCAUGUGAGGAAAAACCCUGGAUUUGGUCUAAUUCUUGCUGUAUUUACACGUUAAUCACAUGAUGUGCUUGGAAGCAGAGAUUGCUGUAUCAGGAGUAGCUGAACUUACGGGCAGGUCACCUGGAGAAAGUAGGGCACUCAUUCUUAUCUAAAUUACUGCUAAAUUUAAUGAAGGGUGUUUCUAAUGGCUAGUUACAGGAAUUGAGAAAUUAGCUCCCUGAUGAGUGUGGGAUGGCAAGUAUAUUCCUAAUUAGUUGAAGGGAUAUAUGCGAGGGCACAUUUUUUUUUUUACUCUUGGCUGAUUCACUGUCCAUCUGGAAUUAUCACAAUAAGUUUGUAGUAACUAUCUCCAUUAUUUCCACCAUAUGACUACAAAUUAGAAAUAAUCGUGGCUGCCGAAUUCAUUUCAUAAGUCUUGCUUGGAUUGGAUAUUAGUGGUGCAGUUUAACGCUAACCGAGACUUCACAACAUUAAUUAGGGAAAAAAAAUUUGUAAUUAUUACAUCCUAUACCUCAGGUGGUUCCGAAAAGAUGGCCAGUUUUUAAUUAAAGGAAAAUACUCUCAACUAAUGUAUAGUAGUGAUUACUAGGCUUCAAGAGUAUCUGUUUUCAUACAAGAAUUUCAAUAAAAUCACCAAUGAAUUCAUCUCA